AUGCGGGCGUCAUGGUGGAUCGGCAUCUGGGCCACACUCAUACCCACGGUCGUCUUAUCGGUAGAAACAGAGCCCUUCUCGUCCCCGGAACAAGGGAAGUCCAACAAGAGAGCCCUCGAGGUACUCCGACUGCUGAGGCGAGAUGACGAUAAUUGUCCCAGCGGCUACAACCCAUGCUCGAGUCUGGGCAACUCAGAUGCCUGCUGUAAGAGCGGGUCACGCUGCACAACAGACGCCGCGGACAACAUCGCUUGCUGUCGAACGGGCGCAAGCUGCACGGGCAGUUUGACUGGAACAUCUACCGGCACUGAGACAGGUAGUACUUUCAUGUCCCCGCAUGGUACUUCUGCCACUACGACAGCUACCGGCACGGCUGCCACGAUAACCGAUGGGACAAUUGACGGGGCAUACCCAUUCGUCUACAUACCUACGACCAUCGGAAACGCAGAGAGCUGCUCUUCAUACUACUCCCAGUGUCAGUCAGAAUAUACCCAGUGCACAGGAAACCUAAUGGGUCGUUACGGAGUAACGGUUGGAGGAAAUGGCGGAGGAGUAACUGUGGAGGCAAUCACUGGAGCCGCACAAGCGACCUCGAUUUGCUCCAGCCUGAGCUCAAAGGCCUGUCAUGGUCUUCAGAUACAAAACUGCGCGACGGCCGCGACGGAGACUGGGCGCGAUACCAGUGGAAAUGCAGCCAACCCACGUCGGGCAUCCAGUUUGCACGACCUGGCGUUUGGCUUUGCUGUUGGAAUUGCGGGAAUGUUUAUUUGA